GGCGUCGGCGGGGCGCUAUCAGGGAUGGCGGCGGCCGAGCCCGGGAGCACCGGGCAGGCGACGCAGCAGAGCCAGGGGCAGAGCCACCGGCCGCCCCCUUCGUCUCCUGCUCCGCCACCGCAGGUCGGGGGCCCGGCGGGCGGGAGCAGCCGGCACGAGAAGAGCCUGGGGCUGCUGACCGCGAAGUUCGUGUCGCUGCUUCAGGAGGCGCAGGACGGCGUGCUGGACCUCAAGGCGGCUGCAGAUACUUUGGCUGUGAGGCAAAAAAGAAGAAUUUAUGAUAUCACCAAUGUCUUGGAAGGAAUUGACCUGAUUGAAAAGAAGUCAAAAAAUAGCAUCCAGUGGAAAGGUGUAGGUGCUGGCUGCAACACUAAAGAGGUCCUGGAGAGACUGCGAGAUCUCAAAGCUGAGAUUGAGGACCUGGAACUGAAGGAAAGAGAACUGGAUCAGCAGAAGGCAUGGCUUCAGCAAAGCAUCAAAAAUGUGAUGGAUGAUUCCAUUAACAAUAGAUUUUCCUACGUAACUCAUGAGGAUAUCUGCAGUUGCUUUAACGGUGACACACUUUUGGCCAUUCAGGCACCUUCUGGUACACAACUGGAGGUUCCUAUUCCAGAAAUGGGUCAGAAUGGACAGAAGAAAUACCAGAUCAACCUAAAGAGUCAUUCAGGCCCCAUCCACGUGCUGCUUAUAAAUAAAGAGUCCAGUUCAUCUCAACCUGUGGUUUUCCCAGUUCCCCCACCGGAUGACCUCACACAGCCCUCCUCUCGGCCCUCCACUCCCCGGACUUCGCACAAGCCCAGCCCAGCCACUCGGAGCCCCCCUGAGCAGCCCACACCUGAAAAGGACCAGGGCUCCCAGCACAUGCCAGCCACGGACUUAGCUUCAGCAGGAUCUAUUAGUGGAGAUAUUAUUGAUGAGUUGAUGUCUUCUGAUGUGUUCCCUCUCCUCCGGCUCUCUCCAACCCCAGCGGAUGACUACAACUUUAAUUUAGAUGAUAAUGAAGGAGUGUGCGACCUGUUCGAUGUGCAGAUACUAAAUUAUUAGAUUCCAUGGAAACUCGGGACUGUUAUCUACCUCUAACUGUGUAAUAUUGUAGACUUCCUAAUAACCUAAGUAUUUAUAAUGAAGAUAACACCUGUUUAGUUGGCUGAUUUUUAAGUCUCCUUCUCUAAUACUUUCUUCAUAAAACUUCAACCAUGAACACAAAGGGCUCUAUUGCUUCAGGUGAAAGUGAUUUAAUACCCACACACACCCCAUCCUCUAGUAAUUGCAUUCUGGGACUUCAGUUUUUCUUACAAUUCUGACUCCUGUUUCUUACUUUAAUGAGAGGAAGUUAAAAUAGGCUUAAGGUCAUCAAAAAAUGAAAGUGUUGGCCAAGGACUCAUCACUUACUUGUGUUAUGCUUGUACUGCCACAAAACUUUCCAUAUUUCUGUGUUCCAAUCCAGACAGACAUUCACUGCCACAUAUAAAGUGAAGGGUGUAGACUAAAAUAUAGUCACUGUUUCCAUGAACAGAGUUUGUGAAGUGCCUUCUAUUUUAGCACUUUAAGUUUAUCACGUUUGGUUGACUUCUGGUAUUCUACUUUCCUAGAUUAUAGGAAAGAUCUGUUUAUGUAGUUUGUUUUUAAAAUGUGCCAAUGCCUAUACAUUAACAAGAUUUUUUAAAAUAAAAAUGUAUAAAAUACUUAA